CUGAUAUUACUUCCAGAUUUGACUGGAACUGGUACUGACUAUCACCUGAAAGGACAUAAAGUAGCAGUGACUCAAGGACUGAAAGAAGAAACUUAAAGUUUUAAAAAGGACCAAAACUAAAGACUGAGGAAACCUGUUUGACAGGAUUUUUUCUGUUUUGAUUGCAGGGUGGAACUCGAUCUUUGAAGUGAUUUCCUCUUCACUUUAGAGACAAUGCUUUGCUCUAUGCUUCCAGGGUAGAAUCUGUUUCUGUUUUCAAGCUUGGAAUUAAUAUUUGCCGACCCUCAGGCAAGUUGUUUUUUGACUGCUAAAAUGGAAAACACCAAUGGAACUGAAAAAUCCGAUGAAACUGCAGAGACGCAACUGUACAAGUUCUAUGCAGCUGCAGUAAUUGUGAUUUUUAUCUUGGCUUUGCCUCUGAAUGCAUCUGUCAUCCACCUCUUUAUUUUCAAGCUCAGGUUUUGGAAAUCCAACACAAAUAUCUUCCUUUUCAACCUGGUUUUGGCUGACAUCCUCCUGCUGAUCUGGUUGCCCAUAAAGGCAUAUACCUUCAUCCAGGGAUCUAGAAAGAGUGACAAUGAUGCUGUCUGCAAAGCCAUGCUUUUCAUGUUGUUUUUAAACCGUGGAGCUAGCAUCGCCUUCCUAACAGUGAUUUCCAUCCAUCGGUAUUUUCAUGUGGUGCACCCUGGUCGAAAAAGUGUCCUAAAAGCGCUUAAGAAAUCUUCACAGAUCUCUGUCCUCAUCUGGGUGCUGCUUCUGCCUCUCACCAUCCCCACCAUGCUCAAAAACUUUGACAGCUGUAACAGCCUCCAGAAAGUAAAUGCCACCCUGAUCAAGGAUGUGGUGGAUGGCAUCAGAGAGACUGUAAUCUUUACUCAGAUCCUGAUCCCGUUUGUCAUCCUGCUCUGCUGCACUGUGGGGAUCGUCAACCGACUCAGGGAAAAAACAGUCGGGGAUAGGACCAAGCUGAAGAGAGCGGUAUUUCUGGUCACUGCUGUCAUGGUGCUCUUUUCAUUCUGUUUCCUCCCCUGCACCAUAGCCAGGAUGGUUCUGCUUAUCAUUCGGGUCAAACAGCCUGACAUCGAGCACAAAGCUGAAGUGGCCUUUGACGGCCUCAUGGUCCUCUCCUACAUAGACUGUCUGCUCGACCCACUUGUCUACUGCUUCUCUAGCACCAAGUUUAAAGCACUUUAUCUAUCCAAUUACUUCCCGUUUUUAGUAAAAGAAACUCCACGGGUUAGCUCAACAUGAAAGACAGACAGAACUACAAACACUACUGUCAUUUCAGGUUUAUGAAAACAAAGAAGGGAGAGUUCCCAUACAGAGUGUGGUUUCUCUCUAUAGUAGCUGCAGGUUAAAAAAAAUGGUUCAAUGAUUAAAAUGUGUUAUGAGGACAAGGCAUAUAAAUAUUUCAAUUCCUACUUUCUUAAGAUUUUCAAAUAUACAGAAGUAAAAAAUGAAAAAAAAAUAUUAGUUUAUCAGCCCUAUGGAUAUAGCACAGGGGUCAAAAUUUUAAAUUUCUCUGAGAGAAUGCCUCCCAGCCAAAGUAUGCAUAUCUGUUCUUCCUGUUUGCCUUGGACAGUGAAGGAAUUCCUUUCAAAAAUACAUUCUGUCAAAUUAUACCAACACAGCUUUUAUCUAACCCACAACAGUGAAACGAGUUUUUGUUUUUCACAGCAUCUGUUAGAUGACAUUUAGGGGAUGGUCAGUCUGCAGGUGAUUAAUACGUCAUCUUAAAAGUACAUAUAGGGAAAUUAUCAUGACAGGGGAUUUAAUAUGCUAAUUUCCAGCUCCUAACAGUUCAAUAUAAUAAUUAUUUUUUAUAUUUAUAUUUAUUUUUUCUUAUACUAGGCCAUGUAGCAGACAUUCAGUUUAUCCACAGUCAGAAGUAAGUCUCGCUCUCAGUCAUGUAUCUUCUGAUUGGCUUCACAUCAUCAAAUGGUGGAAUGAGAAGGAUCUACACAAUUUUAGGCAGGUGGCUUUAACAUUGUGGCUGGUCAGUACUGAACGGUUUGUGAUGUGUGUAUAGAGAUAUGUAUAUAUAUUCAUCCUGAAAUUAUUUCUAGUAAAUGGAUUACGAUAUGUUGGGAACACCUUGAUGAUACCACCUUGAAAGCUCUGCUCACAAAGUGCCACACCCACAAAUGACUCUUACAACGUAAAACGUGAGUCAUACACUCAACUUGAACUAAUCUUCACCUUGACUUAGUCCCAGAAAUCCUAGCAUUUCUAUAUAAGUCACAUGGGUGAAAUUACUCACCUUAAUGACACCAUCAGUAGAUGUAGCGCACCGAGUGAGGGUACGUCUGGUGUAACUGUCUGUCAGUAAAUAGACACCUCCCUGAUUUAAGUAGUCAAUAAGCUGGAAUCUGGUGAGUCUAUGGUCUCUGCUUUCAUCUACAAUUUAAAUCAUCUGUGGGUUAACGAUGAGUCACUGCAAGGUACAAACACUUAUGCACUUAUUUGGCAUAGCAGUAUUUGUUAUAGUUCUUCAUUGUAAGAAAAUAAUGAAUAACUACAAGUGUAAUAACAGAGUUAAAUAACUCUUUUGAGUUGUGGGUAAAAAAAACAAACUGAGGAGAUUGAUACAUAAGCUAAGGCAAAAAUGUAAGCUGAAUAUUUACAUCUACAAAUGUGAUAUCUGCUUUGCCUGACAACCACUAACUUACACAGUGUAAACAGGAAAUAAAUACCAAGUAAAGAGAGAAUUGUAUAGCUUGAGGUCAAAAAUGGUAUGACUUUAAAUAAUAAGGAGACAGAGUUAGAAGCAAUAAAAUAUUCACACCCUGCAGUGAUGACUUUGUUUACUUGUCUGAAAGUUGUGUAAAUGUGAUAUUUGAAAAUAUUAUUUGUUUAUCUGUGACCCUAAUGAAUUCAGUUGCAAAGUCAAUAUGCUUCAUUCUUGUGUUACAUUACCAUUCAAUCUGCAUUUUACAUUUAAAAAGUACAUUAAGAAAUCCACACUAAAAAAUGGCCUUUUGACGAAUGACUACAAACUCUGGACAUAAAGAAAAGAGUAAAGGAGUCAUAGGGAGUCCUUACCGUCCUUGAAAGGAAUCUUUGCAGAGUCCUUAUUAUUUAUUUCUGGCCUUUUGAAACAGAUGGUUAAAAAACAUUAUUACCACCCCGCUAGCUUUCCUUUUGGGGCUGCCAAUAUUCAGGUUUAAUGGUAUGCAGAAAAAAACAACAACAUAAUUCUCCCCAUCAGCACAAAUAUGAAUACAACCGUGCCUUUUUGUGGAUAAGAAUCACAUUAUAUUAUUCAGAUUUAAAUCACUUCACAAAAAGUGACACUUAUUGUUUUCUUAGAAAUUCUGAAUGUUUUCAUACCCUAAAUAUAUUGUACCAGUAAAUUAAGUUGUGAAAAAGACUAACACAAGUUGGCAUUUUAUAUUUUUGUUUACAUGAGGCAUUUUGUAAAUAUUUUGUGUAUUUUUACUUCUGCACCAACAUGUUAAUCUUCAUUUUCUGCUGAUGGCACAUCAGAAAUUUUGGUGUACAUGUAUAUGUGGAUAUAUGUUAAUAUAUUUGCAUGCAACAGCUAAUUAAAUUAACAAAAAGAAAACAUUUCCAUGAUGUUCAGAUGUGGGUGAAAACAUACAGCUCCUCUCUGGGGUUAUGAGUGAAUGUAACUGUUGUGACAAGUGGCUCUAUUAAUUUAUGCACAGAGGAAAAAAGUGUCAAAAAAUUGCUGGUUCCACUCUUAACGGAAAGCUAAAAGCUUUUCAGUGUAAAUUUGUGACUGAAAAUGAUGGCACGGAUGGAAAACUUCUGGAAGCCUUUAGUAACCACAAAAGACGACUAUAAUGUAUCUAAUGGUGAACUUUAAACUCAAUCUGCCAAAAUGAUUCAUAAUUAUUACCAUUAAAACUUUUUCUUGG